AUCCCUCGGGCAGGAAGGAGACAUCCCUCUCCCAGAUUUCUGCUGAGACAGGAAAGCCCAGGUGCCGGCCUGUCCUUGGUGACCGUGGUCGCAGGAAGGACUGGGUCUGCAGAGCGGUGAAGGUAUGUGGAUGGCUCCCAGGAUAUACUGAGGGACUACCUAAAGAACUGCUUUUUAAUUGGUUUUUCGGUCACAUCAGCCCCUUACCCAGUCAUGAUUCAGCCAGAUCCUUUUGAAGACCCGGAUUUCAGCCCUGAAACACUAUGUGCCAUCUGUGGCCAAACCCACUCCCCAGAGGAGAACCACUUCUACAGCUAUGCAGAGGAAGUAGAUGAUGACCUCAUCUGUCACAUCUGUCUUCAAGCUCUGCUGGAGCCCCUGGACACUCCCUGCGGCCAUACCUACUGCACGCUCUGCCUUACGAACUUUUUAGUGGAAAAAGACUUUUGUCCCGUGGAUCGUAAGACAAUCAUAUUACAGAACUGCAAAAAGUCCAGUAUCCUAGUCAAUAAGCUCUUGAAUAAGCUCAUGGUGACCUGCCCUUUCACAGAACACUGUUCGGAAGUUUUGCAGCGCUGUGACCUGGAAUAUCAUUUUCAGACCAGCUGUAAAGGUGCCUCCCAUUAUGGCCUUACCAAGGACCGCAAGAGGCGCUCACAAGAUGGCGGCUCAGAAGGCUGCGCCAGCUUGACGUCAGCAGCAGUCUCUCCAGACGUGUCUGCGGCGGCAACCAUCGCCUUGAUGACCGACGAGCCGGGCCUGGACAACCCUGCUUAUGUCUCUGCCACAGAUGACGGCCAGUCGGCCAACAGCCCAGGGGAGUCCGGUCGAAGCAAUAGAACUCAACACUUUGAGCGAUCCACCAUCAGAAGCAGAUCUUUUAAAAAAAUAAACAGAGCUCUGAGUGUCCUUCGGAGGACAAAAAGUGGAAGUGCAGUGGCCAACCAAGCUGACCAACCAAGAGAAAGUUCUGAGAAUGCCAUUGCCACGGAAGUUUUCCCUAGAUUGUAUCACCUGAUUCCAGAUGGGGAAAUCACCAGCAUCAAGAUCACCCGGGUGGAUCCUAAUGAAAGCCUGGCUAUCAGGGUAGUGGGAGGCAGUGAAACUCCCUUGGUCCAUAUAAUUAUCCAGCAUAUUUAUCGAGAUGGAGUGAUUGCCAGAGAUGGAAGAUUACUACCAGGGGACAUGAUAUUAAAGGUCAACGGCAUGGAUAUCAGCAGCGUGCCUCACAACUAUGCCCUGAGCCUCCUGAGGCAGCCUUGCCCGGUGCUGCGGCUCACGGUCCUGAGGGAGCAGAGGUACCGCAGCCGGACCCCCGGGCUGGCCCUGGAGGCGCAGAGCCCCCGCGACGACAGUUUUCACGUGAUCCUGAACAAAAGCAGCCCCGAAGAACAGCUCGGGAUCAAACUAGUGCGCAAGGUGGACGAACCCGGGGUGUUCAUUUUCAACUUGCUGGACGGCGGGGUCGCCGACCGCCACGGCCAGCUGGAGGAGAACGACCGGGUGAUAGCCAUCAAUGGACACGACCUUCGCUACGGCAGCCCGGAAAGGGCAGCCCAGCUGAUCCAGGCCAGCGAGAGACGCGUCCACUUCGUUGUGUCCAGGCAGACCCGCCAGCAGGGGCCUGACAUCUUGCAGGAGGGAGGCUGGAACGCGAACGGCAGCCCCCCUUUGCGUCACAGCGAGAGGAGGAAUGCUCACAAGACUCUCCUCCAUGCUGUUACCUGCCAUGAGAAGGUGGUCAGUGUUCGCAAAGACUACACAGAAUCGCUGGGUAUGACCGUUGCAGGGGGAGCAUCCCACAGAGAAUGGGACUUGCCUGUCUACGUCACCAGCGUUGAACCCGGAGGAGUCAUAAACAGAGAUGGACGGAUAAAAACAGGUGACAUCUUGUUGAAUGUAAAUGGCAUCGACCUGACCGGGGCCAGUCGUGGGGAAGCUGUGGCACUAUUGAAAAAUACCUCCUCAGCUGUAGUUCUCAAAGCCUUGGAACUGAGAGAAUGCGAGUCCCUGGAAAACGGCAACAACUGGCCAGUCCCGGAGCCCAGCCAGAGCACGGCCCAAGCCAGCGAGUGGUCGCCAGCCUGGGUCAUGUGGUUGGAAUUGCCACGGUAUUUAUACAGCUGCAAAGAUGUAAUAUUACGAAGGAAUCCAGCUGGAAGUCUAGGUUUCAGCAUUGUAGGAGGUUAUGAAGAAUACAGUGGAAACAAACCAUUUUUUAUUAAAUCUAUUGUUGAAGGAACACCAGCAUAUAAUGAUGGAAGAAUCAGAUGUGGUGAUAUUCUUCUUGCUGUCAAUGGUAGAAGUACAUCAGGAAUGAUGCAUGCUUGUUUGGCAAGGAUGCUUAAAGAACUUAAAGGAAGAAUUACCCUCACUAUUGUCUCCUGGCCUGGAACUUUUUUAUAGAACAAGUGAUGCUGUGGUGGAAAACAGAACACAGAGACAAGCUAUUUAAAAUUUGACAUGAGAUUUGAAUUUCUGUUUUCAACUUUACUUCUUAAAGGAUACAUUAAGAAAAAUGUAAACUUGCAUGUCAGGCAAAGUAGCAUCUCAAGAAAAAUGCUUCGAAAAACCUGAAAACUAUUAGUAGUUUUUCAUCAAAGUGGAAGACUCAUUAAUUUCAUGUCUCUAAGUUUAUAUUUUUCUACAUAAUAAUGUAAUAAAAACCCUUUAGCUGAAA